UGCGGAAAGAGUGGUCGAAGGCCGUCGUCUGAAAAUGCAGCUUCGAUCGGCCACGUACAGGACGGAAAUCCUCCUCCAGUCGCGUCCUCCUCGUCGCGGUGUCGCUUCUCGUCGCCGUCGUGACGGGACACUGUCGUUACCGCUGUCCGUCCUGCAAAUCGGUCCCCUGGGGCCCGUAGCCGCCGAGGGAUGCUCGCGGAAAUGGUCCGCUUGUCCUACCAACACCGGGCGUUCUACUGCUACGUGAUUCUCAGCGUGUGGAUCUUUCUGCUGGUCGCUGGUAUGUAUAAAUACAUCGGCGUAGAUGAGAAAACUUCGGUGCAAACGAGAGUCUUAAACAAUGAUUUGUCGCUCCGGGAAUUCCCGAGAAAUUUAAAAUCGGAUGCGAAAACGAAGAAGAUCUUCCGUUUUUGUAAUUUACCACACGAAAUAGCUGCAGACACCGAAGGUAAGCUUGAUGGCAACUUGACAUUGGGCGGUAUCUUGAUCUUCAUCCGCCACGGCGAUAGGGGUCCCUUGACGCACAUUCGAAACAUAAGCAGCAUCAAUUGCGGCAGCGAGUUUGGCAGCGCGACGGAACUCGAGACGAUCUAUGAGAACUACGUGAAUUUCGUGCAGAACGUGUCAAGCUACUCGAGGACCGCGUGGGCCCAGUUUCUAGGCCCGUUCCACGGGCUGCCCGUACUUCCGGCAAACGCGCGCGACUGCAAAAUUGGUCAACUUACCACCCUCGGGAUCCUACAGUUGCUGAAGACCGGGGUGCUGCUGAGGAACGCGUACUAUCACAAACUCAAUCUCGGCAAUGGCACCUCCUUCGGCAAGGACGUGAUCGCAUACAGCACAUCCUAUCGCAGAACGGUGCAGAGCGCGGUUGCUUUGCUCUAUGCGCUCUUCGAGGGCGACGGUUUCGCGAGCCUGUCGAGGAUCAGCUUACAGGAGAGCCAGAGCUACGCGUUCUGCAACAAUGAGUGCGCUUGUCCUGCCGCCGAGAAAUUCCUGAAGCAGCAUUUAAAGGAGACCUCCAACCAUCUGAAGUCGCAUCCGGCUGUCGGCGAGCUGAUCAAGCAGGCGGCGAGCGCCGUAUUCGAGCUUCCGGAUCAAGCGCAGACGUGCGACCCGAACACAUUGAGGGAUGCGUUGUUAACGUACGUGUGCCACGGUGCUUCCUUGCCGUGUGCGGACCUCGACACCCAGCGAACCUGCGUGAAGAGCGACCAUGUUACUGGACUGUUCGCCUAUACGGACUGGGAGUCCAAGCAAGUCGCCAAGAGCAGCAGCCGCAACAAGUACGGAUUGCUGAAGGCUUACGGGAUGCUGCGUGGUAUCGUCACCUACAUGCUACGCAUCAUCUCCGAGGCCAGGCCCAAGAUUGUCCUCUAUUCCGGCCAUGACAAGACCCUGGAGUACCUCACCACCGCGCUAGGCAUCGUCUCAGACGUGGCCACCCACUACGCCUCGCGGCUCAUCAUCGAGGUCUACAAAAUCAACUCGCGAAACGACAAUCGCCUCGCCAGCGACUUUUACUUCCGUGUCGUCGCCAACGGCCGAGACCUCACGCUGAAGAUCCCGUUCUGCAGAAACGCCAACGUCUACAGCGAGGACGGUGACCAGCCGGGCAAGAAGAGCAUCAAGUUAUGUCCGAUAGAGAACAUCAUCAGGCAGCUGCACGACGACUACUUCGUGCCGUUCAACGCGACGAACUUUAAGGACGCUUGUUCGAGUCACAAGAUCCGCUGAAAUCGAUCAGCCGACCUCGCUCAUGAAAUAGGAUCCUGUAAAAAAUAGACGAGUUAAAGGGAAUUGAGAGAAAAUCACAUUCCCCUCUCCCAGGUGAUAGUAUAUAAGAAUCUUAUCUACAAAAUCGAAGGAUCUAAGGAAAAUCUAAGCUUUUAACUUUUUGGACUCCCUUUUACCUCUUCUUAUUCUCGAUAUAGCGACUUUACACUAUUUACCAGGUGCAGCUAAAUACCGAACAUGAAGUAAAAGAAGAAGGAUAUUAAUUAUAUUUUAAUUUUAAUAUACGCGAAGAUAUAUUAAAAUUAAAAUAUAUACUUUUUAAUAUACGUAUUAUACCUCUUAAAUUUAAAUAAGAAGUUGGUCCUUUUUUUAAUCUUUCUUCCUGUAGAACGGCCAUUCUUUCAGACUUUCUAGAAAUUUAUAAUUACAAAUAAAAAGGGAGAUAGAGUAUAAAGAGCAUUUGAAAGUCAAUUCCUUAUUAUACAUAGAGAUUAGAAAUUUACGAGUUCGCAAGAUCAACUCUUAUCAAUUCUUUCUAAUUCAUCUACUUUUUGCACGACAGAUCUAUCGAGUGGAUGAAAUAAAUUUCUGACUUGCACUAUGCUGUUUUAGAUAAAGUAAGUAAACAUGAAAGUAAUUACUCGUAUUUCAGAGGAGAGUUAAACUCUACGAUCUCUCAAAUGAACUUCUCUUAUGUUAGGACAAUGGGAUGUAAAUUAUUCAAAACUCAAUUUUCCCACCCUGACAAGAAAGUAUUCUAUACUCAUUCUAAUGCGCAAUUAUAAAAUACGAAAUUUAUUUAUGCUAUAUCCUUCAAAACAUUCCUCAAGGCAUUUGGUUCAGAUUUUUUAUACUCGACUACACUAACGCACAGUUAAAAUAAUUUACGAUUGUCAGAAAUUGUAAAAAAAUUACGAAAAAAAAAGAAUAGAUGAACUCAUUUUAGCACGAGGAGCGAGCCUUACCUUCAUAGAUUACAUCUGAAAUCUUUCAAUUAAUGUAUCUUUAGAUAACUCGAGAAACGAUAGCGCUAAUGAGCCAAUUAGUCGAUUAUCAUAUAUUUUAUCAUACACUCUAUUGUAUAUAUAUAUGUAAAUAGUGCCCCAGAAAUAUAUAUACAUCAAAAAUGCAAUUAUAUUUCUUAUCCUGAUUAUGUACGUACGCUUAACAAGUAUUAACUACAACAUAUUAAAAGAUUCUCUUUAUUACAGGAAAAAUGUUCACAUUACAUGUGCAAUUCGCGAUAUAUAAAAAGCUUAUUACAAUCUAUUGGUAAAUAAAUAAUGGACGCGCUUCGCGGCGUACAAGGCACAGGCGUAAAAGAUUCACAUAUUUAUACUACCUACAAUAUAUAUGUAUAUAACGUACACUAGACUAUCGUAAAAAUAAAAGCAAUAUUUAGUUUAACGUCUCCUUACU